AUGAAGUAUUUUCUUGGGAUUGAGAUAUGCAGAUCGAAGGAAGGAUUGUUUAUGUCCCAAAGGAAGUAUGUGAUUGAUCUCUUGAAGGGAGCAGAUGCCUAUGGAGGAAAGACAGCCAAGAUGCCAAUGGAGGAUGGUUACAAGGUUCCACGUGAGGGGGAGAUUGAGGAUAGCAAUCCGUUCCAUGAUCCUAAGCUAUAUAGGAAGCUAGUGGGGAAGUUGAUUUAUCUUACCAUUACUAGACCUGAUGUGUGUUUUGCGGUGAAUCAAGUCAGUCAACACAUGCAAGUUCCUAAGGAGCACCAUUGGCGGAUGGUGGAAAGGAUCUUGAUGUAUCUGAAUGGAACUACUGGUCUUGGAGUAUGGAUGGGAUGUAACAAGAGUACUGAGGUUGUAGGCUACUGUGAUGCAGAUUGGGCUGGAGACCGAGCAGACAGAAGAUCAACCACAGGCUAUUGUACAUUCAUUGGUGGUAACUUAGUCACUUGGAAGAGUAAGAAACAGAAGCUCUUGGACAAGGAGCUUUGGCUUGAGGUUCAUGACGCCUCUCCAUCCUCCUCUGCUUCCAAAGAGACACUCUCCAUCAGAGCCCUGGCUAUGUAUGUGUAUGAAAACACCAUUAAAGGCAAAGAUAAGGUCUUGAACUAG